UUACGAAUCGAGUGCUGUUAGUUAGACAUUAGUGUUUAGUGUCAAAUGUAAGAACUGUACAUCGAUACGCUGAGUUAUUAUUAGAUUUAAUGUAAUGGUUUUAUGUAUAAAAUUCAUUAAUAUACUCGUUUGGAAAAUUAUGUUGUAAAUGUAUCUCUAAUUUUACGGUAAAUUUUCAGUUCAAAAUAUUCAUUUUUUUCGGGAAACAUAAAAUACUCAAAAAUUUUAAAUUUUCUUGUGAAUCUCAACUGAUUCCGUCCAACUAACAGGAGAUUGUUUGACGUUAUACAGGUCAACUAUAGGACAGAAAUCAGAUUUUUUUUUUUUAAUUAAAAAGCCAUAAUAGGAAUUUGAAAUAAUUAUAAAAAAACAAUAUUAUAAUGCUGCGAUAGAAAUAAUAAUUAUGUUUUUAAUAUACAUGAAAAAUUGAUUCAUAUAAAAAAAUAUUAAAAUAAAGAAUUUCUAUUAUAAAAAUCAGCGUAGAUAAAAAAAUUAAUUUCUUAAAAUGAAGUGGAUAUGGAUCAUGACUUUACUUUCAACUUUUUUAGUACAGGUAGCAGAGAGUAGCAAAGUUGGAAAAGUAGGUUUCGGUCCCGGUAAACAAGACUGGGGACACGUGACAGUAAGACCAGGUGCUCAAAUGUUUUGGUGGCUGUAUUACGUGAACCCUCCAACAAUUAAUACACUAGACAGUUUCAAUGUAUUUGAGAAGCCUUUAAUUAUUUGGCUACAAGGAGGUCCAGGAGUAUCCGGAACUGGCUAUGGAAAUUUUCACGAAUUUGGUCCACUUGAUCUCAAUCUCAAACGGAGAAAUCACACAUGGGUAAACGACUACAAUGUCUUAUUGAUUGAUAACCCAGUAGGUGUCGGGUUCAGUUUUGUGGAAAAUGAUUCAUUGAUGGCAAAAAACAACACGCAGAUCGCUCAAGAUCUUGUGAUCUGUAUCAAAAAAUUUUUGGAAACCAUCCCGGAGUUUGGAAACGUUCCUACUUACAUCGUAGGAGAAUCUUACGGUGGAAAAAUGGCUGUGGAAUUCGCUCUUCUUUGGUCUCAGGCUCAAAAUAAUGGAAAUAUCCGAAGCAAAUUGAAAGGACUCGCUAUAGGUGAUUCGCCUAUCUCAUUUCGUAAAAUAGUUCGCUCUCUACCUUCGUAUCUCCUAAAUAUGGGUUUGAUAGACAGAAUUGAUCAACGUGACAUUAAUAGAUCAGUUAAUAAAAUCCUAAUAUCAAUUACUAAAGAAAAAUGGGUUGAUGCAUUUGCAAAUUAUAAAAAUAUGUGGAAUACCAUUUAUAAUGUUGUAGAUAAUGUCGAUGUCUAUAACAUCUUAAAAAAAACGAAUCCAACUAAUAACAGUUCCAAUAAUUAUAAUUUUCCUCAAGUGAAAUCCCCUUCGAAUCCAGUUAAUAUUUCUAGUCUAAUUCAAAAAUUGAUGGAAAAUGACGUCAAGAAAGCUCUUGGUCUCAAUGGCACCUACAAUUUGUAUUCAAAUCGUGUGUCCAUGAAGUUGAUGAAUGAUUACAUGAAACCUGUUACUGAUAUUGUUGAAAGACUAUUGUUGAAAACAGAUCUGAAAAUUUUUGUCUAUACUGGUCAGUUUGAUAUGGUAGUUCCGUCACCUAGUACUCUUGCUUGGAUGAGAAAACUCAAAUGGAAUAACGCUAAAGCAUGGCGGCAAGCCUCAAGAGUGUCAUUUUCUGUCAACAAUAUUAUCGAAGGAUUCGUUAAAGAGUAUGGGAAUUUAAAACUGUAUUGGAUCAAUCGAUCAGGACACAUGGUGCCGCGGGACAAUCCAAUUGCUAUGAAAGUAGUGUUACAUGAUUUAACUUUUGAUGUAAAUGAAAAAUAAAUUUUUUAAUUUAAUAAUGAAAAUGAAUUAAUGGAUUUUUACAUUUUAAUUGAGACUAUGGCAACCCGGGUCAAAAAUAUAGAACUUGGUUCGCUGACUUUUUAGUUUAGGCGAACUUGAAGCAAAUUGAGGGGCCUCGUUGCGUUAUUUUAUGUAUAUAUACAUAUAUGACUAUAUUUAUUAUGAAUAAGAGCUUUUGAAAUGAUACACUACUACAAUUAUUUAAAUAAUAAAUUGAAAAUAUCCAUCAUAAUCAUCAAUUUUACUUCCUAAGUGACUAUCUGAUGAAAUUGCGCUUAUCUCAUAUAGUUAAUUUUAUUCAAACCACUUCACUUAAUUACAAAUUGUUCAUUAAAUAUUUAUAUGAUGCACACAAUAAUGAACAUUCUA